GAGAAAAAAAAAGUCUGGUUGAAACUGUCCGACUUUUGAUUAUUCCCCUCAUCUAUUUUUUCGGUCUCUUUGUCCGGUAUUCCCUGCCUUUCUUUAGCAGUCUAGUCAAUUGUUCUUUUGUCGCAGUCCUUUUGUCGCGGAUCUAUCACCUUUGUUGAGCCGUGGGCCAGAGGAUUGCUCAAAACUUUCAUGAACCCCUACUGACGCUUUCUUUUCUCUUCUCUGCAGGUCCCUCCCCCCUCGCGCAUUUCCUCUUACUUCGCUCGGUGUCAAAAUGUCUACUCCUGUCCAUACUACUGCCCC